CUCUGUUCUCAUUGAAAGAGAUGUGGCACAAUUUCGAUUUGCCUUGAAAUAUCAGUCCCUCUUUAGGUAACUUUGCGGAGGUAACCCCAAAAGUGCGGAGGUUGGACAGUGUUUUAGCCUGGCCUGUAGGGGUUUAUGGAGGUUUUGCCCGAAAAAAAAUUGAACUCUGCCAUGUCGUUCUCGAGAGAGAAGCGACGAGAAGAAGCCCGUUUUGCAUUUUCAACAUUUUGUCAUCAUGGGCAAGAUAUCCACGAAGAAGAGACACUCUGGAGGUUCUCAAUACCAGUUUGCGUGCAAGAAUCCCUUCCACGAUGAGUGGGAAUCGCCUCGGCAUAGCUCCAAGGAUGUUCGGGUUCGCAAGUGUAUCCUGGCAGUGUUGUCAGCGCUCUCUGGACGAGACGUAUCUGCAAUUUGUAGGAGCUGCGGACGACUGGCUGACUUGAAGGAUUUAAUCACCAACCACCCUCUGUACGAGCCUCGGAGGGGCGAUAGCUAUGGGGACUCUGUAGACAUGGUAGAUGCCAGCGAUGAUGUUCCUCAGGCUCUCCCAGAGGUAAGCUCCUGCGAUGAUGUAGAUGAUUCUUUUCCCCCUGUCUUCAGCCAGUCCCGAGAAACCUCCUCAGCCUCAAACGAAGUACCGGUAGAUAAUGUUGAAAAUGUUGAUAAUGUUGAAAAUGUUGAUUCUUUGAAGCGUUUAGAGAGAGUGUUGGUGGCCAAAAACUGUGCGUUGGCUGCAUUGUCGAAGAUGCAUUUGCAGAAGGAUAGCAAAAUUGAAUUACUUGAGAAGGAAAUAAUUAGUAUGAAAAAGGAAAGUGUAGGUUCGCUUCUGAGCACCUCGGAAGGUCGCUUGGACUUGCUACGUAGGCUGUGUGUGGCUGAGCAGCCGCAGUUCAAAGCAGAUGUGUUGAGUGCUGUUGAGUCAGCAAAGUCAAGUAGAUCAUUGCAGAACUUGCUGUCCAUCCCGACGGGUCAGUUCAGCAACAAACCCUACAACAAGUUUGUUGAGACGUUUGUGACGGGCAUGACCUCCAGCACGUUUGCACUUGACUUCUCCGUUGCCGACCGCCGCACAGUUCUUCAAGCGCAAGCCAUGGAGUCUCUCUAUGCUGCUGCUAACUUGAAUUACUGUGCAGAAUUCCAUGUUUUGCUCCAGGCGAUAGUGUACAGCAUCACCCAAAGCAAGACAACCCUCGACAUUUUUGGUCACCUAGGGUCGGGGGGGAGUUAUAAGCUCGUGAAAGAUUGGUUGGCUGGGUUGGGUGGUAGCGAGCUGCAAGUUCCUGAAGGGUUCGUGAGUGUUGGGUUUGACAAUGAGCAACGACAACUUAAGUCGUACCUCUCCCGUGGCAGCAAUCGUUCCACGUAUGAGGUUCUGACCAAUGUUGUCUAUGCCCGUCAUUCCCAUGUUCCUUCCCAAGAAAAGGGAGAUUUCCAUUUCCGAAAUUGGAAAUUUCCAACUGUCACUGAGAUUCAAUGUGCAAUAGAUCAGGUACCGGAUCCUCUAGAUCAAGAAUCUUUGAUUAAGCCACACUUGCUGAGUUUCAUGAACAAAAGGAUUGAAGCUCUUGUGUCUGAGCAGAGGCUAUCAGCUGACCCAGUUGAUAGCCAUCUUGCAUCAUUGGAACGAGAAAGACGGUACCUGAUCUGCCCUAAAUGUUGCACACAGAUGGAGCGCAGGCUGCAUUUGUGUCCCAAUGCGACAUGCAGGGUAAAUGUUAGGCAGGCAUUGCAAGCUGACCAAGGCAAAUCAGUGGUGUCGACCGAGCACAUCAAAGUCACCAAGCCAGGCACACUAAAGUCAGGCACCGAGUUUGUGUAUGUACCGCAUGUGGACAGCAGUACCGGUGUUUCGUUAAGCAGAGUGUCCUCAAAGACCAGUGGUGAAGAUGUGCCCCUUGUGUCCCCGGCAGAUGUUGGGUUUCUAGAGCCCAUUUUUGUCAACCCCAACUCCCAUGAAGCUGUUCGCAUUGUAUUGCGCGAUGUUGGGAAGCGUGCAAGGGUAAAACAAUGUGUAGGUGACGAGGGGGUGAGGGAAUGGCUCACUGUUGUGUGUGACGGCUUGCCGUACUCCCUCAUAUUGACUGUGAUGGAGGAGGCAAGGCGUGAUGCAGCCAAAUUGGCUAACCAUGAAGCAGGAAUAUUGCAUGUCGACUCAAUGUCGAAGGCUGACCUGAAGAGUGCAUGCAGUACAAGGGGCUUGGGUGUAACAGGGAACAUGAGUACGUUACGUGAGAGGCUGAGGAAGUUUUUAGAUGAUCUGGUUGAGAAGGGUGAAUUGAUGCCCCCAACAAACAUUCCUGAUGGGGAGUUUGAUUGGGUACUACCCAUUUCAGGUGGCUUGCACUGGGAGAUGAACAUCAUCCAGUGCAUUGUCAAGUCUCUGUGGCCAUUUGCCUAUAAGGAGUUCGCUAUUAGCCAGGGAUAUACUUCUCCUAAGCAAUUGGAUUGGGCCUUCAAAGCCAAAGACCACCACCGCACAUACGAUGAGCUGAGCCGUUUCACGGAUGGCUGCUUUGACGAACUUCUGCGGCCAUAUGUACUCGCCCAGGAAUCUGGCAGCAACACCCCUUCAGCAGAGGGUUUCUUCGUUUGGUGCAAGCAGUUCACCAACAAUCAUACGUAUUCCUGGCUGCUGGAGCUGUGCACUCAGUACUGCUUUCCACUAUUCAUGCUUCGGCGGGGAGCACGGCACAACGACGUACCACUGUUCAUUGAGUCUCGCAGAGUUCUCUCUCCAUUGCUGCAUGCGAGGAAUCACACAACAUAUCAAGUGAUUGACAUGUCCGAGGAAGUCCGUCGCCUCUCGCUCUCAACAGAUUUGCGAAGUCUCAUUGACAGCACUCUCUUCCUCAGCAGGUCAGGAAAGGGUGACCUCCACCAGGCACUUGAUGCUAUCGUCGAAGAGCUAAAUGCCAAUGUGAAGUCAUGGGUGUCAGGGGAGAAAGACUCCAACAUGUGGCGCCGGGUGAUCCGUAACCAUGAGCAGCUCAUGAAGCUCCGCUCCAAAGUAUUCAGUGCCCUACAGCUGCCAGAUCCCAAGUCGGAAUCGAGAGCCCGUCCCGGUUAUGCUAAGGAACUUCUGGUGUGGCGUGCGCGUCUGAGAACAAUGUUGGUUCCCAAUGGUGAGCUAGCGUUUUCAAGACCACUGCAAUCCUUCAGUCCUGGUGAGGAAUUGGUGCCGGAUGCUGUGAACCUCACUGCUGUGGGUAAAGCCAGACGGAAGCAGCUAGCGACAUUAUUUGGAGAUGGUGCCUAUCCGCUGUCCAGGCAGUCUCAGCCACCACACUUUCUGACCACCGAAGAGGCCGAGAAACACGGGAGUGAUACGAGACGGACUAUGGCUUCCCUCAGGAAAGAAUUCCAGCAGCUACUACAUCUCGCGCCCGACAACAAUGCCGCCUCUGCAUUGUGCGAUGAACUGGAGCAGGCUUCCACCCAGCCAGCAGUGUUGAAGGUCGUGCGCCAGAUGCGGGAUAUGGUUUCGUGCAUGGCUGACGGCGGCAAUGCAGCUGAUGAUAUGCCUCCAUGAGUGUGACUGCUUCACAGUCGGUGUACUCGCCAAGGGAGGGCUGGUCCUGGCUUCCGUAGUUCUUCAAUGUGCAUUUUGCGUCAUGCCACACACUUUGCAUUGUCAAGUGCGAGCGCUACACUUCUUAUUGACACCAUGUCUUCUCCAUUUAUAUACUUUCCACUUCAUUGAGCAGCUGGCUCAAGCAGUGGGAGACUCCAGUGCAGAGACGCUGUACCUCGAACAAGGGUCGUGGCUACCUCGAGUCGCCGUGGUCUUAUCCGUUACUCCUAUGUCGCCGUUGGGGAUAUACACCCGGUUUUUUCCCUCACUACUGCGUCCGUCAGCGCGAGGGUUUUUUCCCGGCUGGCUCGGUCCAGGAAUUAAUCUGACGGCCCCAAGUGGUUCUGCAUCAUGGCCCGGCUAUCACCAUGAUCACGGCUAUUUCCUCUAUUUCCAUUUGAGACACUGAGGUGCAUGUACAUGUGGUACAAACCAGUGCUCCUAUUCAUAGUGGUUCAGUGUGAUGUUUGUGACUACUAGCAUUGUUCUGUUGUCCAGAAAGUGUCAAUUUCUGAUGACGCAUACAUUAUUAUUUCAAUGUUGACAUUCUGAGGUGAAUUGAUACCAGACUAUGGUGUUUGCACACAACAAGUAUCCAACAGGUGAUGUUUGAAGGACCAGCAGUCCAAAUUUUA